AUGAGACUAAAUGACCUACCAUGUGAAAUAAUCACGCGCUGCUUCUCCUACUUGAGCACAGGUUUUCUUACCGAUAUAUUACUAUUGGAGAACAUUCCUGAUAAUAUACUUGUGGCAGCAGCUAACAAUCUCAAUCAUUUAUGGCAUUCAAAUCGACUUAAAGACGCGGUAAAAAUUGCGCGCCGUAGAGACGAUUAUGAAACCAGUUUCGACCAGUAUGACGAUCAUAUUGGUUUCAGCCGGUACCACUAUGAAACUGACUUUAACAGGUUCCGCCGCAUACACAAGAUCCUCGAAAAGAACUCCAUCUCGCGUCCUCUUUGCUUCCAUUAUAAAUGGGAAUACGAUUUCCAAAUGCGUCGAGAUCUCGAUGAAAUAAACUUGGCUUACCACGACCAGAGUUCAGGCAUACACUUUGACCUCAGUGACCUGUCGAUUUCCUGUGUUCGUUUCUUCGCAGACGAUGCUAUCAAUCUCAAGAUCACCUGCCUCUCGUUGCGCAAUUCUAGCAGUAUCAAUUUGAAUAAGUUCCCGAAAUUGGAGACUUUCUAUGGCGAUCAUUGCAAAAUAAGGGUUGACAACGACCACCCCAGCUUGAAGAACCUAUAUCUCAACUACCUGACUUUCAGCUCAUUACCGAUUAAUUUGAAAAAGUUGGUUGCAAAAUAUUGCAGCAUAAGGAUGAAGGAAAACCACCCAAGACUUGCUGCUCUCACAGUGUUGGCUCUAGAAUACACACAAGAACCGUCUGACUGCUCGUCGCUACUACGCGUACUCUGGAACGAAAAUUUGAAAACUUUUUCCUAUAUUGAGAAGUCUAAUUAUGGAGAAGUCACAAAUGUGGAAGAGGUCAUCUCCAUGAUUGGCCCCAAUUUGAUAGUUUUUUGGAUUCUCCAGUUCGUCGCCUUCUAG